AGGGAUGGAGAAAGAAAAAGUAUGAGCACUGAAAGAACAUUCAGUGAAAUUAACACAGCAGAAGAUCAGUACAGCUUGUGUCGAGAACUCUGCAGAGAACUUGCCCAGGACUUACAGAAAGAGGGACUCAAGGGUAAAACUGUUACCUUAAAGCUAAAGAAUGUGAACUUUGAAGUAAAAACAAGAGCUUCAACUGUGCUGUCUUCCGUUUCUGCCGAGGAUGAAAUAUUUGCUGUUGCAAAAAUGUUGUUAGGAACGGAAAUUGAUAGCGUUGCUCCUCACCCUUUAAGGAUAAGACUUAUGGGUGUACGAGUAUCGGGAUUUCUAAGUGAAGAAGAGAAGAAAUACCAACAAAAAAGCAUUAAAAGCUUCUUAAAAUCAGGAAAAGAGCUUGAUUUUCCAAGGCUUCAGCGAGGGAAACCCAAUCAAGAAAAUCUCACAAAAAAUUCAGAAGCAUCUUCCAGUGGGAGUUUUUUUGAUAAAAAGCGAGCUGCAAGGCAACUAAACUGUAAUAAUCUUUUUCCAAAUGAAAGUGUAGGUAAGCAGCACUAUUGUGAUGUAAAAUCAUCAGCAAAUUUUGUGGAAGAAGCAAACAAGGUCACAAAUUUGCAGAAGUCUAACAUAUGUGAGAUCUUCACGUGCCCUGUUUGUUUUGAGGAGCAAAGUAGUAUUAAUUUGGAAGAGAUUAAUAGGCAUAUUGAUGAAUGUCUUGCUGGCAGUCUCGUUAAAGAUACUGUGGAAAUACCAAAAAAUGACAUUUCAAGAGAAAAUACUUUUAACUUCUUAUCACACUGUAAAAAUGAAAAUAUUGAUGACUGUAAAGAAAAUAUAACAACAGAUCAAUUAGCAGGAACAGGCCAGUCAGCAAGUACAUCUGAAAACUCUUCUGGCGAUAGCAGAGAGAAAAAAUUCACUCAGAUAGUCUCAGAAAAACUUCACAGAGAAAAACAGCCUUGUGAUCUCAUUGAUAUUCCUAGAAAUGCAAGCAUAAAACAAUGUCUGCUUCCCAAAAGAAAUUCACAAGAGAAUGCAAAACAGUUUGGAAGGACGGAUCAUAUGGAAGAAACUAGUUCAUCCUGUUCUUUUGAAACCAAAGAAGACAAUGUUCUUGUUUGUCCAGUUUGUAAUUCAGAACAGAAAACCACCAGCCUUAUGUCAUUUAACAGACACGUAGAUGUCUGCUUAAACAAAGGCAUUAUCCAGGAGCUGACAGAAAAAGAUGAUUGUUCUGCUAAGACUUCUGAUACAGAAAAUUCAAUCAGAGUUGGAGGUUUAAACAGAGGACAGCAGUGCACAAAAUCAUUACAAGGAACAAAAAGGUCUGGACUAACAACUUCACAGUCAGCAUCAAAAAAGGCUAAGUCAAUCAAUUCCAAGCAUACAAUUGAAAUGUUUUUUAAAUGACAGUGGGGCAAUGUACUUCAUAUGAAGUAUUUCAUAGUGUUUUAUGACAGCGUAUUAAUUUAGCAUUGGUGGUAGGCUGGAUUCAGAUGAAAUUUGGCUGGAUUCACAUCGGAGCCAUUGUAUGCUUAUCAUGCUCCGUAAAUAGAACGAUAUGCGAGGUAGAAGAAGAGAUAUAACUGAGGUAAUCCAGUUUUUUCUGAAAAUAAUACUUUUUUAGCUUACGAGAAAUGAAAUUGCUAGUACUUAAGAGUUCUGUUAUAUUGAACAUGUGAAACUUUGUUAGAGUCACAUGCAGUCUCAUGUAUUAUCUCUGCUGUUCAACAAAAUAAAACAGGUUCAUUACAGCUGCCAUGGCAAGCACCUGAGAAAGAGAGUCUCAUGAGGUAGAAUGUCACACUGUGCUUGCUGAUGUCCUCCUUUGAAGAUUUGACCAGUCACUCUGUCUGCAAGGCAGUGAGUUGGCAACCAUAGUUGCUCAAGUUAAUACUUCCUUGGUCAAUCAAACACCAAACUAAUUUGUGUGAUAACAUAGAAGAGCCAAGCUAGUUCAUUUCAGUUCUUCUGAAGGUCUGUCUUGUCAUUGGACCAAAAACUGGUUGGUCUUCAAAAAAGAAGAAUUCAAAGCACAGCCAAGCUUUUAUUGUUAUCACUGAAAAUUAUUUCAGUAUGAGGUGAUGGACCCACCCUGAAGGGCUCUCUGUGAUGAGAUGCAGGAUGACUUUGCUUGAUGUUAAUAAACUGGAUGAUGAGAGGAUUCUUCCAGAUUAUUUGAACAAAUGCUGUUUGAUCCUUGACCUCUCCAAAGAGACUGAGAACUUCAAUUGUCUUUGCUGUUGUUAAAUUGGUACCUGUUGGUAGGGCUAAAUUUAAUAUAAAUCAAUGUGCAAUAAUAAUAUGAAUGUUGUAUAAGUAUGUGCAAUAUGCUGAAAUGAAGUAUUCUUACUGUUUAUCUAUCUUUAUUUAAAAUUGUUUUUUAUUUUUAAAUAAAUUGUAUUUUAUGAGUACUUAAGUGGAAGGAGGAAGUUUUAAAGUUCAAAUAUUUGAAAUACUCUAUAAUGAUAUUCUUCUGUUUACGCCAAAUUGCUUAGAUUUAGAUUUUUUUAUAAUUAAUUUGUGAUGAUAGCUUCUUUUUUAGAAGUUAUACAUACAGUCACGAACCUUUGAUGAAAUAUGAACUUUUGAAAGUGGAUAAUCUUUGAAGUGACUAUGAUAGAAGCUUCUGUUCCGUUGUUUAAUUAUAUGGGGAUUACUUUGUGGCUUACUUUUUUUUAAAUAAAUAUGUGUUUUAUAUGUUUUAGAUGCCUAGGCUAAAUCCAGAAUGUAUUUUUUCACUUCCAGAUUUUCUGUAAUGAUUUCAGUAUCUCCUACCUGCUCAUCUCUGUUUGCCAGGUGCCACUGUACCUGCAGAUCUAUUAUUUGAAUUCAGUGCUCUUUAAUCUGCUCUGGACAAAAUAAGCUAGGCUAGUUCAUACUAUUCUGCAGUCUGACAGUUGACUUUGUCCAAACAAAGUCAGUGAGCAGUCAGCAUUAGCUGUUCUGCUGACAGAGGUGGGAGCUGGAAAUUUCUGGUAGGAGAGACAUUAAAACAGCUGAAGGAGCAGUGACUACUGUCUAAAAAAAAA